AAUGGAGUCUAUUUGAAGUUGCUGGACUACAUUUGCAGAGGCGAAAAGAAAACAAGAAUGGUGACAGUGUCGCGUACACCUCAACGAAAGUGAAAAGAAAAGGGCAGAGAUUAUAUAAAGAACAUCGACACAGCCGUUCCAGUUAUCAGUUGACAAAUAAGCUGGCUCACUAAGCGGAGCACCAGCACAGUUCCUUCACUCACCAUGAAGCUCGGUUUACUGGCUGCCGCCCUGUUGGGCUCAGUGUUAACGGUAGCUGUUGGCCAAUCUUUCGUCGACGUUUCUUCAGACACCGACCCCAGCGUCACCGUCCGAUUAUAUGAUCCCAUGGUCGACAUGAAAGCUGAACAGUUCAUCUUAAAGUACUUUAAAUACAAGUGGAUUGCCAAAUGCUACAAAAAAGGCGAAUGCCGUAAUGAUCGUUACGAAAGUCACGGAUAUGACAGUUACGGUGGAGGAGGAGACUAUGGGGGUUCAACGUCGAAGAGCAAAGGUAAAGGUAAGGGUAAAGGAGGAGGAGGGGGCUAUGGGGGUGAUGACGAUGGAGGGGGAGGCUAUGGAGGAGGAGGGGGCUAUGGAGGUUCAACGAAGAGCAAAGGUAAAGGUAAAGGAGGGGAUGGGGAUGGGGGCUAUGGGGGAGGAGGUGUAACGAAAAGCAAAGGUAAAGGGGGAGAUGGAUAUGGAGAUGAUGGAGGGGGAGGCUAUGGGGGAGGAUCGAAAGGUAAAAUCUACGUAAUCAAAAGUAAAGGAAAGGGCAAAGGACGAAGUGGAUACGGUCAUGGAGGAUACCGCGGAUCAAGUGGAUCGGGCGGCGGAUCAAGCGGCGAAGGCGGUGGAUCGGAUGAAAGUGGUAGUAGUUCCGGUGGUUCCGGAUCAUACAAAGGCGAGAGCGGAGGCUCAUCCAGUAAAGGAAGCGGAUCUGGCAAAGGAAGUGCAUCCAGCAAAGGAGGCGGGUCGGAAGGAAGCGGAUCUGGCAAAGGAGGCGGGUCCGGAAAAGAAGGUGGAUCCAAGACCAAACGUUAAUUGGCAUAAAAUUUCCCCAUUAAUUACAUUUUCUGCAACACUUGUGGCUCAUUCGGGCCUUAAUUAUGAUUCCUUUCCCUAAAUGUGAGACUUCGAAAUAAUUGAAAUGAUCGAAAAUUUAACAGCCCCGAAGAUAUUAUGAAUACCAUUUAUAUUUAAAAUUUUCUAUCAUAGUGUCUAUAGCAUAUAUUAAAAUAUUUAAUUACGUAAUUUUGUCAUUCAGAAAUAUUUGUCUCCCGCUUUUCACGAGUAGAGCAAUAGAUAGCAUGUGUUUUACAGAUUUGAUGAAUUGAUUCAACAUUUCCUUUUCCACGCAAUCAGCCAAGAAAUACAAAUUGCUCAACAACAUUAA